GUUUCAUGGUCGAAUGUUGAGUGACAGUGGGGAGAAAUUCGAAAUUUAAACACGAAGACACCGGGUCCAUGAUGACCAUGGCAAGGGUUUUCAAGAAGUCCAGCAGGAAUGGACAGCUUGUACUCUUCUUGGGCAAGAGGGACUUUGUAGAUCACAUAGAGCGUGUUGAUCCCAUUGAGGGUGUGUUGGUCAUCGACCAAUCAGAACUUCAGGGAAGGAAAGUCUGGAUACAGUUGAUGACCGCUUUCCGCUACGGCAACGAAGACCUUGAUGUGAUUGGCUUGACCUUCAGGAAGGACAUCUGGGUGCACCACAUAGAGCUCUUCCCCCCGGCUGGCCACGACCCCGAGCUGUCACCCAUGCAUGAGGCCCUGAUGAAGAAGGCUGGAGAGCAGGGCUGCCCAUUCACCAUCGAUAUCCCAACGAACCUGCCAUGUUCUGUCUCACUCCACCCAGGAGAGGAGGAAAAGACCAAGGCCUGUGGUGUGGAUUUUGAGAUUAAAGCGUACAUGGCUAUGGAGGCCGACAACCCAGAUGAAGUUAUUGACAAAAAGGACUGCUGCCGGCUGAUGAUCCGAAAGAUCCAGUAUGCCCCCGACCAGACUAGCCCUGGGCCCAAACAGUCCUUCAUGAAGUGCUUCAUCACGUCCGACAAGCCUGUCCAUCUAGAAAUAUCCCUGGACAAAGAGGUCCACUAUCACGGCGAAGCAAUCCCCAUCAAAGUUAAAGUCAGGAAUGAAACGUCCAAAGUCAUAAACAAGGUCAAAAUUGCAGUUGACCAAACUACAGAUGUGGUGCUGUAUUCUGCAGAUAAAUACACAAAAAACGUCCUGAACCAAGAAUUUCCGGAAACAGUGGAAGCUGGUGCCACGUUUGAGAAGUCCCUGUGCGUCACCCCUCUGCUGGCCACCCACAUGGACAAGAAGGGCCUGGCUCUGGACGGCAAGCUGAAGGACGAGGACACCAACCUGGCCUCCUCAACACUUAUUAGGCCAGGCAUGGAGAGGGACCUCGUGGGGAUCCUGGUGUCUUAUAAGAUCAAGGUCACGCUGAUUUCUGGAGGAGGGGGCUUUCUUGGAGGACUGACAGCCAGUGAAAUCACAGGAGAACUGCCCUUGGUACUAAUGCACCCCCAACCAUAAGAUAUGCUGGUUCAAAAUACAUUACGCUGGUUGAACUUAAUUUCUCCGGCCCUGCCGUGGCCAACCGGUAGGGCACUUGUCUACCAUGCGGCCGACCGGAGUUCGAUUCCCAGCUCGGGUCAUUUGGCGACCCUUCCCCGUCUCUCUUCCCAUUCGCUUC